AUGGCAUACCAAGCACAACCGCAUGGAAAUGCACCAAAACAGCCUGAGAAAGACAAUGAUGAUGGAUGGUGUGAGGACAACAACUGGGAUGAUGCCAUCCAGUUUGAGGAACAGAUGAAAGCUCAAUUUGCAGCUGUGGCCCAAAAUGGCAGCAGUGCCAAUGCAGACAACACCACAGAUGAAGCUGAUGAUGACGGUUGGAACCUGGCUAGUAGUGUCAAAAAGAUGUCCAUCAACAAAUCAGACACUUCUGGCUGGACCAAGAGAAGAGAUUACAACUGGAGAGAAAAAGGUGGAGGUGCCAAUAGUGGCGCUAGAGGCUUUGGCGGAGGUAGAGGUGGAGCACGCCCAAGAUAUAACAACCACAAUGCAAACACAAAAAAACCGCAAACACCCGCUGAGCCGCUGCUUAUCCUCGAAGGAGAAGCGGCUCGCAAGUGGAUAGAGGAUCAGCGCAUCAAAGCAGCCGAGGAAUGGUCUAAAGUCGACUACAAAGCAAUGUUAGCCGAAAGCGACAGAGUCGCAGCUGAAAAAUGGGCGAAAUACCCACCAAUCACCAAAGAUUUAUACAAAGAACACCCUGCUGUGGCGAAUAUGACUCCGCAUGAAGUCGAAAAGUUUCGUGAAGAAAACAACGGGAUCACUGUUCAGAUACCGCCAGGUGCCCCUGAGCCUGCUGAAGAAACACCGGCUUCUUCAAAACCUUCGCCGAUUCAAGCGCAAGCAUGGCCGUUGAUUCUCAAAGGACACGACAUCAUUGGCGUUGCACAAACCGGCUCGGGGAAGACUCUUGCCUUCCUACUUCCUGCUUAUGCGCAUCUCAUGAGCCAACCACGACAGAGAAGAGUCCCUGGGGCGAGUAUCCUCAUCAUGGCACCGACUAGAGAAUUAGCUCUGCAGAUUAAUGAAGAGGUGUUGAAAUUUAAGUGUUGCAACAUCAAUUCGGUUGUGGUUUAUGGUGGCGCUGAUCGCAACGAUCAAAUCCGACAAAUCAAACAAGGUUGUAACAUUAUCAUUGCCACACCAGGAAGACUGGAUGAUCUCGUCACAGCCGGCCAUAUUGAUAUUACCUCUGUAACUUACGUUGUUCUCGACGAAGCUGAUCGCAUGCUGGACGCUGGUUUUGAAGCAGUCAUCCGCCGCACCAUGUAUAAAAUCCGUCCGGAUCGUCAGACCAUAAUGACGAGCGCAACAUGGCCGGAUGGCGUACGCAGACUCGCCAACAGUUACAUGAAGAACCCUCUGCAGGUAAUCGUCGGCACAUUGGACCUGACAGCCGUCGCAACCAUCGCGCAGUCGUUUGUCUUCCUGAAUGAUGACGACGCGGAAGAAAAACUAGUGCUGCUCUUGGACUUUGCUAGAUGUCACAAGAACCAGCCCAAUUUAAAGGUGGUGGUGUUCUGCUCAACUAAAGCACGUGCCACUUACAUUUCCACCGAACUGGCAAUGAACGAUGUGUUCGCAUAUUGCUUACGCGGGGAUAUGGACCAAUCCGAUCGCGAGCUCGCGCUUGAAGUGAUCAAGAACGGCGAGACGCAGUACCUGAUCGCGACGGAUGUCGCCUCGCGCGGGAUUGAUAUCCCCGAUUUGACGCAUGUGAUCAAUCUGGAUUUCCCACGUGAUAUUGAAGAAUACGUGCAUCGUAUUGGACGCACAGGCAGGGCUGGCAAGACCGGUAAAUCCGUGACGUUCAUGUGCUUCAAAGACAGCAAACACGCAAAGGCGCUGAUUAAAAUACUGGAGAAGGCUGAGCAGAUUAUUCCUGCUGAGUUACACAGAUAUGUUGUGAAGCAUGAGAGAUACAUGGAGCGGCGUCGUAUGGAGGGUACUGCACGACCUCCACGAUCACGCUACAGUGAUGGCUUCUAAAUGACUGACAUUUACUUUUUUCUACAAGUAUUUUUUGAGAAUUUCAGGUUAUUUUACCUUUACAAAGAAUAUUGUUUAUUUUUUUUAUUACUUUUGUAUAAAUAAAUGCGCGUUUUAAUGAUA